AUGCUCGCAUCAUCCAACAGCAAGGCUUCCGAGCCAAAGAAGAUUAAAAUUCUUUUUGUUACCGGCAAUGAGAAUAAGAAGAAGGAGGUUCAACAAAUCAUGGGAGAUGAAUUCCAAGUCGAUUCGCUCGCUAUUGAAUUACCGGAACUACAAGGAGAAAUUGAAGAAAUUUCAAAGGAAAAGUGUCGUAUUGCCAUCCAAAACGUUUUGACAGAUCCAAGAAUUGCCUAUAAAUAUGGUUCUGAACACGUGAUUGUUGUAGAAGAUACCUCUCUAUGUUUUAAUGCUUUAAAUUCAUUACCUGGACCAUAUAUUAAAUGGUUUUUGGAAAAACUCGGACAUGACGGAUUGAACAAGAUGUUGGUCGGAUUCGAAGAUAAGAGUGCUUCUGCUGUUUGUACUCUUGCCUAUUGGCAUCCACAAUGGUUACAAGAACAACUCAAGAAAAUGAAAGGUCAUUCUCAUUUGCAUGACCAUGGAGAGGGUCAUCACCAUCAUCACCACGGAGAAUCUGGAUGUUGUGACCAUGAACAUCACCAUGGAGAAGGUCAUGAACAUGCUUCCGAGAAUACAGAAUGUUGCAAAGGUUUAACUCCAGAAGAAUGUUGCAAGAACAAGGAAGGUGGUGAAAAGUGUUGUGAUAAGGAAGAAUGCUGUGAUAAGGAAGGUGGAGAUGAGGAAUGGGAAGAUGAGGAGCAACAUGGAGAACAUGGGUGUUGCGACGAUCAUGGAUGUUGUGGAGAAGUUGAACUCAAGUUGGAUCCAUUAGUGAUCAGAGGUGACACCAAAGGUAUGAUUGUUCCACCAAGAUCAAGCGACGAACCUGCUUUUGGAUGGGAUCCAAUUUUCCAACCAGAAGGUUUCUCUCAAACUUAUGCAGAAAUGUCAAAAGAGCAAAAGAACUCGAUCAGUCAUAGAUACAAGGCAUUUAAGGCUUUGCAAGAAGUGUUGUUGUCCAACAAAUAA